GUGUAUUAUUGCAAGCGUGUGUUCUACUAUCCUACUAUUCAAUGAUUAUUUUCUAAUUUAUUUUUAAUAAACUGCUUAUCAAACGUAAUGAUAUUGUUGUAGCUUCAACUCCUUCUGUUGUUGACCGUUUGGGUCCUGAAGGAAAAGCUCAUUUUGAUCAAGCAUGCAAGAAAGGCAAAGUGCCAGGCAACACGGUGUUCAUUGACUGUAUGGGAGAGGAAGAUGCGGGCAAGUCAUGCCUUGAAGCUUCAAUGACAAACAAACCAUUUGUUGAAGGUCAGGAGAGCACGGAGGGAGUAAAGGUGAAGACGAUGAUCUCACAAGCAGUUGGACACGGCACCGACUGGAAGGAAAUGAAAAGUGAAGAGGAGAGACAAGCGCAUCUCAGCAAGCUGUUUGCAAGAGAAUUUGUUGUUUAUGACAAGGAACAACAGUCCAGCACAGCAAUGCCAAGCGAGCAAGAGCAAAGCCCAAAAGCAAGUUCUACAGAAUCUGAUUUGAAAGCAAAUGUGAAUGCAAAAGCAAGCGGUUUGAAGUCAAUGUACGCUGAAGCUGAAAGUCAUCCAGUAGGAUACGAGGAUUUCAAACAUGCUAAAGAAAUUGAUCGAAAUGUAGGUGUGGCCAUUAAUCUCAUGGAGGAGAAUGAGGAGGAGAUGCGCAAAUGUCAAGAAACGAUCAAUGUGACGAUGAUGGACAGAGGAGGUCAAGAUCAAUUCCUCUCCACACAUGCUGCACUUAUGGCUGACAAUGACUAUCAAUGUACAGCUUGUUUUGUGGUUAUCGAUGGUUCCAAGCCACUAGAUGAGAAGGUGACCACAUCCAAGUUUCGUCUUGCAGAUGGAACUGUUAUCGAGAGACCACGAGAUGUUGCUACCACAAGAGCCGACGUCAUACGCCACUGCUUCACUGCCCUCUCUGCUGCCUUUCCUGCUGGCAGAAGGCGCAAUAAGUUUUUUGGGAAGGGGCGUGUCAAAAGAGCACCAGCAACGUUCAUGUUUGCUUCUAGAAAAGAUAAAGCAAAAAGUAAAAGUUUCAUGGCAAGACAGGAGCAAAUUGUCAAAGAAAUCAUCGCUGAAGAGAAUUUUGGUGAUCACAUUGUGCCCUUUAGUGAUGAUCAGGUGCUGUUCCAUGUUGACAACACAAAGUCAGGAACAGGCAAUCCUGAUCCAACGAUUGUCCUCGUCAAGAAAAUGAUCGUUGAAAUGGCUCGUGAAUACUGGGAUGAAGAAGAGAAGAUUCCAUUACCAUGGGCCAUGCUAGAUAAGGGUCUGGGUCUGUUGAGAAUGAGAAAGCACAAAGUUCUUGAUCUGCACAAUGUCUGCCAAUUAGCUGCCAGGGUGUGUGAUAUCUCAUUAGAUGAGGAAUGCAGACAAGCUCUGCGAUAUCUUUGCAGCCAUGGAAGCAUUGCAUUCUAUCACAAUGUUGUCGGGCUCAAUCAGAAGGUGCUUCCCAACAUUCAGUGGGUUGCUGAUGUGUUGGCCAUCUUUGUCACAGUUCUGGAUCGCUCAAGAAUUCCUCCUGAGUUGUGGAAUGAUCUCACGAAGCUUCAUCAAGAAGGGAUGAUGUCAUGGAAUCUUGCCAAGAAUCUGAUGAAGAAGGCAGGAGUAGAAGAAGCAAACUACGCUGUCAUUCUUAUUCUUCUUCAGCUGUUUAAUAUCAUUUCAGGGGCAUACUUGGCCGCUCGUUCAAUUGCUCCAGAUGUAGAAGUCCAACAAGUUCAGAACUUUUAUGUUCCCUCUAUGGUCACCAAAGAAGUCAUCAAGACCCCCUUUGCCUACCAAUCAGCAUUCUGCUCUUCUACAUCUCCUCCAUCUUUGUUCUUUAUUCCCAGAGGUUUCAAUGUUUUUCUCAAGCCUCUAUUUUACCGUCUUGUGACCCGCAUGGUCAGCAAGUACACAAAAAGCCCACAGCUCAGUAGAAACCAGGUGAUACUUCAUCUUCACAAGGACGUGGAUCUGGAGUUGGUCUACACUGUGAAGGCUGUCAUUGUUACCGUCUACUGUCCAUCGACUCGCAGAAAACUACCUGCAGAUGAAGAGCUUUGUCCAUUGUGUGAUGGUGUGCGAGUAACUCUAAUAGAACAACUCACAUAUGCGAAGGCACGAGGAAUGGAUGGCUUUCAGUUUGAGGUCUGUGUUCAUGGUGCUGUUGAUGUAGCUCCAGAUGAAUAUGACCCAAACCGACUGGCUUCAUUGGAUGAAUAUCCAGAAGAUGAUGUUCUGCUGGACAAAGAUCAUCAAAGCAUUGAUCCUCCUGCCAAACUUGAUUUGUGGUUUGAUAACACGUCUCCUAGUUAUGCUGUUGAAGGUACCACAUACAGCAGUCUAAUUAGUUGACUAUUGUCUCAUUAUUGUAUUUGGUUUAUUCACAGUUGCUGCUGACCGUGUUUAUGAUCCAGAUGUGAUUCUGUCUGCUGUAUUACAGCAGAGUCAUGAUCGUUGGCUGUCUGUUGGUUUGAAGUUGGGAUUUACAAUGAGCAAAGUCAAUGAGAAUACAAAUGUUUUCUCUCUUGGUGCUAACAAGUUGAAGGCUUUGUUUGAAGCAAAAGCACAAGAAGUAGGACGAGAUGAAGCAGCCAAGCAACUUCUAGCAGCAUGUCAUUGUAUUCCCCAGCCAAUUAUUACGGCUGUAAAGGAUCAACUGGCAGGUGAGCAGCUGUAAUGAUAAGCAUUGUUUUAUGAUCUAGCUUUACCGUACAUGUCAGUGUAACGUAGGUGAAUAGUGAUAAUGAAAAAUUGAAGAAGACGACAUUUAUCAGAGUUAAUAUUCAGAAUUACUGGCAACACUAUGAUUAGACCAGAAUGCUAUUUUGCAUGAUAAAGAGAUGAA